CCAACCUUCAUCCACCUUACAUUAUUUGAUGAGUUUGACUUUCUUUGAUCUUUGACAAAAAAAGAGAUAUUAUUCUCAAUAUUUCUCAACCGUUCUUCCCUCUCAGCCAUCGUUCCACACGCGCCGCCUUAGAUAUCUCACGCGCCGUGGCACGAUUCGAAUCUUUAUCAAACUUCAUCUUUGUUGUUUCAAUUUCCUGUCUUAAUCAUUUUUUUCUCUCCAUAAGAUCUUUAAAGAAAGGUUAAAAAUUAUUUACAUGGGAGGCGUGACGUCAUCAAUCGCCGCGAAAUUCGCCUUCUUCCCACCAACACCACCGUCCUACGACGUAUUACCCGACGAAAGCUGCGGCGGGCGUCUGUACAUCCCCGAAAUCCCGCGGCGCGAUGACGUGGACAUCCUCAAGCUCCGCACACGCUUGGGAAACGAGAUCGUGGCUGUUUAUGUCAAACACUCCAAAGCUAAUGGCACGAUUCUUUAUUCUCAUGGUAACGCCGCAGAUGUGGGUCAAAUGUUUGAGCUUUUCGUUGAGCUUAGUAAUCGCCUUCGCGUUAAUCUCAUGGGGUAUGAUUAUUCUGGUUAUGGUCAGUCUACGGGACAGGCAAGCGAGGCUAACACAUAUGCUGAUAUAGAAGCGACUUAUAAAUGUCUUAAGGAAAAUUACGGCGUGAGAGAUGAUCAACUUAUAUUAUAUGGUCAAUCUGUUGGUAGUGGACCUACGUGUGAUCUAGCUUCGCGGAAACCUAACUUGAGAGGGGUGGUUUUACAGUGUCCUAUUCUCUCUGGGAUGAGGGUUUUGUAUCCUGUUAAAUGUACUUACUGGUUUGACAUUUACAAGAAUAUUGACAAGAUCGGAUUAGUAGCAUGUCCUGUAUUAGUAAUCCAUGGAACUGCGGAUGAAGUGGUUGAUUAUUCUCAUGGAAAGCGGCUCUGGGAACUGAGCAAAGAGAAGUAUGAACCUUUGUGGAUAAGUGGAGGUGGACACUGCGACCUUGAGCUAUAUCCAGAUUUCAUUAAACAUCUGAAGAAAUUUGUUGCAUCACUUGCCAACAAACAAGCGGAGAAGAAGGCUGCCAUGUAAGGAGAUCACUGAUAUGUUUGAAAUGGGUUUGCUUUCGAGGGGUUAUUAGACCGUUGGCUGGCGAAGUCAGUAGAAAAGUAAUAAGCAUGAAAAAAAAAUCCCAGAGGAGUGUUGAUAGAUGUAGUAUUUAUAAAUGUGUCAAUGUUGAAUCUAGAACCGGUAUAAUGCAUUUCAUGAACAAAUAUAUUUACUCCUUAUGUGAUUAAUAGAUUCUAGGGACAUUUCUUUCUUUAUGCAAUUUUUUUUUUGAAUUCUAGAAGGUUUGGAAUUGAAGUCUGUAAUCCCUAAGGUUUAAAACUACAUAUUGUAAUAUUAGUUUCGUCCCAGUGGUCAAUGAACUGGAGACCUCUUGAUACAACAGUCAAGAUUCUUUCCGGUUAAGCUAACGACCUUUGGGUUUUAUGCAAUAUUCAUUGAACAUACUUCUGUGUAAACAGAAAUGUCCUCUGAAACCGUAGAAGAUUCUUGAAGAGGUGCUGUGAGAUUUUGUAAAACAGGCCUAGGAGGGACUUCAAGACCAUCUAGACUUCCUUCCAUCAUCUCUACCACUCUGUUCAUCGACGGGCGAUCUGAAGGGGAAGGUUGAAUACACCACAGACCCACCAAUGUCAUCUUCUUUGCUAUGUCCUCUUCUUCAUUGCUGAUUACAAUCCCGUUAGGCGGCCUUCCAAUGUCUCCCUUCUCAAGAUCCUUAUAGAUCCAUUCAGGAAAGUACACUGAGCUUUCACUAGACGCAGUGUCUUCACUUGAUGUUUUGUUCCUUGCUCCUAUCAUCUCAAGAACCAACAUUCCAUAGCUAUACACAUCUGACUUGUGUGA